UUUUGUUGAUCGUAACUGAUAUGACUUGAGUUGCACAUUUUAAAAUAAAUUAGAAGGAAUUCAAAUGGUUGUCAUCGCGACGAUUGUAAGUACAACAAAGGGAAAAGAAAAUAGUCAAAUAUCAAUGAAAAUCGUACAAUGUUUUAAGAGAAGAUAAUGACAAUAAAUAAAUAUUUACAUUGAAUUCGUGCAAUGCUUUUUCAAGAUUCUGUUUCUCGGAAGUUAUAAAUUUAGAAAUGCAUUUCGAUUUCACCAUGGCGACGAAUAUAUCGAUGAGGUUACCAUUGAUCUUUCAAACGCAAAUAGAUAGAAUAUAUGCUAUGAAACAAGAGCAAGUUACAGGAAAUCGUAAUAAAGUUUGUUAAUGUGUGUGUCCUACAUCUUUGACAUUGGAAGAGAAUAUGGCAGAGCAUAGAGGAACAUCGUUCUAUAAUUCUUGCGUGAAAGUACCCGUAGAUCCAUGUAGUAGACAACCAACUCCUUCUUACGAACGACCACGAUCUAUCAAAAGCGAAAAACAAAAUGUUGCGGACAAAGAACGAAAAAUAAUUUUCGCUGCGGACGAUUUGCCAAAAACGGAAUCGGAAUUGUCGAGUCCUCGAGAAAAUUUAGAAGGUUUCCUUAAAUUUUUGGAUAGUAUACCCGAUUAUAAACAAGUACAUCAUCUGUCUAACGAACAGUUUCGACAAAAGGUUGAAUACUUGAGAAGGAAACAACGACUUUAUUUAAAGAAUUUAAAAAAUAUUUUCGACGAACCUGAGAAAAAUACAUCAAAAAUUUCAAUAUCGAGAAAUAAUCGCAAUACGAAAGUUAUGCGAGAUGACAGUUCCAAUGAAUUAAGAUUGAACGGUAAAAAAUGUUACAUCGAAGAAUCGAGAACAAAUAGUCCUAUACUUUAUCCAUCCGGUAGUUUUUCUGGGCUUAUGGAAGAUCAAGAUAUUUUGACAUAUAGAUUUAAAAAUAAAGAAGCUAAAGCUAUACGUAACAAGGAAAUAUAUACUACUAACAAAGAUCAGAAUAGAUGGAGCGAAUCAAAGAGCAAUGAAAGUUUGAAUAGUGAUUCGGAAGAUAGCGAAGAGACAAAGAGUCUGCCAGCGAGUGGUUCAAAGGAAUGGCAUCCAACUGUGCCUAAACCAUUUAGCUUCACUCUUAGAGAAGAAACGGAAAAAUAUAUGACAUUGACGGAAGUGGAAGCGGUCAAAUAUUCAAAGGAGGAAAGCAAUAAGAAAGGUCCUUCUAAGAAACGUCGCGUCAGACCAAUUCCUCUUACCUCUAAAAUACCACUUUAUGACAAAUUACUUGCAGAAAAAGAAGAGAGAAGUCGUAUAGUCCGUGAGGAGAGUACGUUGAACUUACUAUCUCAAGUGCGUCCUUUCAAGCUCGAAUGUGACCGGAGGGCGUGGAGAUCUCUAACGCGGUCAAGUCCAGAAAUAUGCGGCAAUAAUUCUCGCCCAACUUCGAGAUUCAAGGCAAAACCUGUACCUAAAAACUUGUUCGAUACAGAGGUGUAUGACCGUAUGCUUGAGGAUGAAUAUUAUAGAGAAUUAACAAAAAAAGUGAGGGCAUCCGAAUUAAUGAGAUCUUCUUCAUUGCCACCUUCAAUGGCAAGACGAGAACGUGUCAAAUCUGCAUGUGCUCAUUUGCAAACUUUUCCUAAUGAUUCGACAAAGGAAACGGUUGUUCAAAGUAGAGAAUCUUCGCGAUUAUCAAAUCUUACAACAAUGACAUCAGAGAGAUCCAGAUCUGCAUUGACUAAUUUACCAACACGGAGCAAUAACUUAGCAGCUGUUCUCAGAUGUCAAGCAUCACGAGAAAAGUUAGAACGAGAGAUAAAAGAACGAAUGGAAGAGAAACGUCGGGAGCAAGCAGUUAAAUUAAAAGAAAAUCUUAUCGGUCGUAAACCCGCGUGGAGAGCAUUGAGAUCCGCAGCGAGGCACGAUCACGAAAGAGAUUUGGAUAUUCGAACAUCCUUGCGUCGUAACGAAGCUCGAGAACAAGCGGAACGUCAUCGUCUCCAAAUGGAAAUGAUGUUGGAUCGUGUAACACAGAUACCAACUCUCUUCGAACGACAUUCUCAGAGUUUCCAGUCUUUAUCAAAGUUACAAUCGAAAAAUUAUGGAACAAAUGUGCAAAGGAAGAAACACAAGAUACCAAAAAGAGAUAAUUCCAAUGGCACAGAUUCGUAUGUAAGUUAUUACAGUAAUUCAAGUCCAAAUUCGGGAUCACUUACUAGUUCUUCUACUAUUUUGGCAUCUUCGAAUCAAUCAUCGAAGUCGUCGGAAUCAAAAGAAUCUGAAAAAUCUUUCGAAGAAUCUGAAAAUUCUGGUUCUAAAAAAAAAGGAGAUCGCGGACCACUUAAAGUAUCUAUCAAAGAAAUGGCAGAGUUAAUUGAAGAUAAAUUAUCUAGCGAUCAUUACAGCGAGGACUGCGAUGAAGAUGUAUUACGAAGUGAUAAUGAUAUUCCGGAAGAAUAAAUAUAUGAGAUAACAAUUUAAUAAU